AUGGUCCCUUCCCAUCAUGAACCUGGAUUUUCCCAAAUCUACAUAUGCGAUCCCAAUGAACAAGUCAACAUGCGUACCGCAUUGAACGGCGGCCUUGACCAUGACAUUGUCACUCAGCUACAAGACAUGAUUUUUAAUCAUAAUCCUUUCGCUCAUAUCUACAGACGCGCUGCCGAUUUGUUGGGAGAUGAACAACGCAACAACUUCAGCAUCGUCAUCCAUUCUGAUCGCUCAUCAAGCCGUGGUCAUGCUGGCCAGUUUCUACGCCCUGCUUCUGGUGAAAUUGCUGCUGUUGUUCCUUCUUAUCCUUCCCCUACGGCCUAUCGUGAUAUUGUCAUCCGCCCCCAUGGCCAAGGACUUAUGCACAUUGAUGAGUUACAUCCUUUAUAUGACCCAUUGCACUAUGUGCUCAUGUUCCCUCGAGGCGAACAAGGCUGGUGUGCACCAACUCAAGGACGUUUAGCCCGACGAACAGCCAAUCCUGAUGACGACGAUGGUGACACUUAUACAGCAAUGCGUUUUUAUGCAUACCUCUUGCAAGAUCGGGAUGACUUUUACAUGGUCUAUUAUGGUCGCCUCUUCCAUCAGUAUGCCGUUGACAUGUACAUCAAGGUGGAGCAUCAACGCCUUCGUUACAUUGAAACGCACCAAGAAAUCCUACGUGCCGAAUCCUUACAAGGUGUGAUCGAUGCAAUGGGAAACGAGACUGCAAGAGAAAUUGGUAGCCAUAUCAUCCUUCCCCCUUCUUUUACUGGAGGUCCACGUGAUAUGCAUGCACGUUAUCAAGAUGCCAUGGCAAUUGUUCGCACGCUUGGAAAACCCAAUCUCUUUAUCACAUUUACGUGCAACCCACAAUGGCAUGAAAUCACAUCGGCUCUCAAACCUGGCCAAACUGCUCCUGAUCGCCCUGAUUUAACCAAUCGAGUAUUCAAGCUAAAGUGUGAUCUACUCAUGAAGGACCUUAGAACCAGACAUGUUUUGGGGAGGGUGGUCGCCGACUUCAUGGUCAUCGAGUUCCAAAAACGAGGGCUACCACAUGCACACAUUCUGCUUAUCUUGGAUCCAAGCUGUAAGCCACGUAGACCAAGUGAUUACGAUGAAAUUGUUUCUGCUGAGAUACCCGAUCCGCAAAUGCAUCCAGCAGCAUACGAGACUGUUACACGAAUGAUGAUGCACGGCCCAUGUGGCGAAACUUUCCCACAAGCCCCAUGCAUGGUGAAUGGUCGUUGCAGCAAGAGAUACCCAAAGGCCUUUGUAGAAGAAACCACUGAUGCACCAUCUGGAAAGUACCCUAUCUACAAAAGACCCAACAAUGGAAGGACGCAUCGUGUAUCAAAUCAUGUAUCCCUUGACAAUCGCUGGGUGGUACCUCACAAUGUCCCUCUUUGUACCAAGUACAAUGCACACAUCAAUGUCGAAGUAUGUACAGGCGUUCAAGCUGUCAAGUAUCUUUACAAGUACGUCUUCAAGGGACAUGAUCGAGCGUUGAUGGCAAUGCGUCGAAACCUCAGGCCAAAUGAGCAGCAAGAAGAGGUCAAUGAAAUCCAGCAAUAUCGGGAUGCUCGAUAUGUCUCAGCUUCAGAAGCAUUGUGGCGUUUGUACUCUUUCAAUCUUUUUCAUCGUUCUCCAGCUGUGAAGUUGCUUCUAUUACAUUUGCCCAAUCAACAAGCGGUGUAUUAUCGUGAGACUGAUGACCUUGAAACAAUCGUCCAACGUACUGCGGAUCGUCCAACUACCCUUAUGGGUUUUUUUGAUCUCAAUCGACGCGAUCCAAAUGCACGUCAAUAUUGCUACCACGAGAUCCCCUUCCAUUAUGUCUGGAAAAAAAGCCCUACCCCAUACCAUUGGGCUCCACGUCAACGUGGCCGUGGUACCAUUGGUCGAAUGCCUUUCGUCUCGCCACGUGAUUCCGAACGCUUUGCUUUACGUUUGUUGCUACACAAGGUUCCAGGUCCUCGGAGCUUUGAAGACUUACGCAGAGUGGAUGGUCACCUAUAUGAUACCUUUGUGGAUGCUGCCAAGGCACGUGGUCUUUUGGAGGAUGAUAAUGAAUAUCACAAUUGCUUGCAAGAAGCUAUUGGUCACUUCACAUCCGCAUCCCAGCUACGCCAACUUUUUGUCACCAUCUUGGUCUUUGCAAAUCCUUCACUUCCUGGGGUAUUGUGGGAACAGCAUGCUUCAUAUUUGUGUGAUGAUUACCAAUGGCAUUACAUUGUCAAUGAUAUGGAAGUUGACAUGGAUCGCUGCAUUGCCGAAGCACUAAGGGAUAUCGAUCGGCUACUUACCCAACAAAACACGUCUCUUGAAGAAAUCCGUGGCAUGCCAUCAUUACCUGACAACUCCAUCUUUUCACAACCGCUUCCUCCACUCCGCACUGAAGAAGAUUCGUCUGCCGCUGGCGGCAUUAUUACACCUGAAGAAUGUGCACGUCAAGUUGGUGCAUUGAAUGUUGAGCAGCGUGCCAUCUUUGACACCAUCAUGAAUGCUGUGCAAGACAAUAGUGUUCAACAACGCUUAUACUUUGUCGAUGGCCCAGGUGGUUCUGGAAAGACCUUUUUGUACAACACUAUGCUCGCCCACAUGCGUACACAACUCAACCUAUCGGCAAUUGCUGUCGCAUCGACUGGUGUAGCUGCUAUUUUGCUGCUUGAUGGUGCCACUGCACAUUCCACUUUCAAGAUACACAUCGAAGACUUGCAUGAGACAUCCACCUGCAGCAUUUCAGUGCAAACAGAACGUGCACAGCAAAUACGCAACGCAAGUUUGAUUGUUUGGGAUGAGGUACCCAUGAUGAAUCGCCUUGCCGUCGAAGCUGUGGAUCGUACGUUACGUGACAUCAUGAGCCGCAAUAAUCCACAACUUAGACAUGUUCCCUUUGGUGGUAAAAUCGUCGUCUUUGGAGGUGAUUUUCGACAAACGCUUCCUGUCAUUGAACGUGGUAACCGUGCACAAACCACUGCAGCCAGUAUCUCACGCUCCUACAUUUGGCAGCAUGUACAAGUAUACCGCCUCACCAUCAACAUGCGUCUACACAAUCUCAAUGAUAACACUCAACACGCUCAACGACAACGCCAAUUUGCUCAAUACCUACUUGCUAUUGGCGAAGGCCGCAUCCCCACAAUUGCCCCUCAUUCCGAAUACAUCCGCAUUGAUGGUGAUGUUCAGUGUUUGAUUGGAUCCAAUAUACACAACAUCAUCGAUACAAUUUACCCCAAUCUCUCCAACACCACCGCUUCCGAUGCUCCUCAACUUGCCCAACUAGCAAUACUCACCACCACCAACGAGUGCGUUGAUCGCAUCAAUGCCAUUGCCACCGAUAUCUUCCCUGGUGAUGCACGCACGUACUUGAGUGCUGAUUCGAUUUCUUCUUCUGAUGGCACCCCCGAAGAAGAUCUACCUGUUGAUUACUUGAACACGCUUGAUCCUAAAGGCAUGCCAGCUCAUCAGCUGUCCUUGAAGCAAAACCAGCCAAUCAUUCUCUUGCGCAACCUUUGCCCUUCACAAGGAUUAUGUAAUGGCACCAAACUGAUUUGUCGCUCCAUGCAUCAAUAUUACAUUGAAGCCGAGAUUGCAAACAACACUGUACACAAUGCCACCACGGUUCUCAUACCUAGGAUCAAGCUCACUUCCAAAAUCCCAGGUACACAUUUGGAGCUUACAAGAAGACAGCUACCGAUACGUGCUGCUUUCGCCAUGACAAUCAACAAGUCCCAAGGGCAAACUCUUUCCCGAGUCGGCGUUUACCUUCCUGCACCAGUGUUUUCACAUGGUCAGCUGUAUGUCGCCUUCUCUCGGGUAACCGACUACCGCAACUUGCAUGUCAUGGCUGAAUACGAUGAUGAUACCCGAUCCCACAUUACCAAAAAUGUUGUAUACCCUGAAGCCCUCAACUAA